GCAUUUUUAGAGCAAAGGUCAAGCGCGCAGCAACUUCGACAAACGGUAAUUUCCAUCAGGUGCCGGCGGAAAAACCUCCAAAAUCCGUUUUUGCCCAAUCGGACGCUUCGCACGCAGGUCUUCGCGAAUUCAGGUCCCGCUCUCUCUCUCUCUCUCUCUCUCUCUCUACCCUCCGAUCGCCGCCGUCCUCUCGCCCGCCUUCCCUAGGGUUUCCAUCUCCCGCCUCUCGAGCCACCGCCGGUCCGCCUCCGCCUCGAUCGACGGCCGAUCCCGCCGCGUGCGCCGAUGGAUUGGGGCGCGGUGACGGCGGAGGAUCUGGCGGGCGCCCUCCGCGAGGUGGAGUGGUCGUCCCCGCCCCGGCCCCCCGCCGAGUUCUUCUCCAGGUUCACCCUCCCCAGGUCGUACGCCAAGUGGAGCAGCCGCCUCAAGUGCAAUCUCUACUACUAUCGGACCAACUAUUUCAUCAUGAUCAUGGUUAUUCUAGGAUUGGGAUUCCUUAGGAGGCCUCUUGCCAUAGUUGCUGCUCUUUUAACAGCUCUCAGUACUGCAUGUCUUAAUGACAGCUUUGCAGGCACUUUCAGUGAGAAGAUAACAAGGACUGUGAGGCAGUUUUCACCACAUUUUGCUGCCAAAUUGAGGCCCUCUCAUAUACCUGUUAUUCGUGGACGUCCAUCAGCAAAAAGAUCAAUCCAUAUCUGUGGCCAGCCUCGCCGGGUGUUUGUCUCGAUAUUUGCCUCUGCGAGUCUUGUGCUUUGGUAUGUUUCCUGUGGAAUCUUGACUCUCCUCUGGGCUUUUGCCAUUGGACUCCUUGCUACUGUCCUUCACGCAAGUUUCAGAACACCAAACCUGAAAGCACGCCUAAAUACAUUUCGUGAAGAGUUUCGUGCAGUUUGGCGCAAUUACAGCGACCUUUAAUGAAGCAGAGUAACUGGGAAAUGGGUUGCUGAUUUUUCUGUAUCUUCCAACAAGCCAGUCCGGUUAUAGGGUUUUACUCCAAACUGGUGAACUGCUGAGACGGCACCUACUGCUCUUAACAGCUUCAGGUUAUUGGAGUCUGGACUUGUCAGGUGAAGGCUGUUGACUCUAGCUGAUAAUGGAAGGAAUGUAAAUUGUAAGAACUUUGUCCUGUAAAGAAAACUAGUCCUCUGGCAUUAUUAUCAGAAAAACAAUAACGAGUGCAAUUCAUUGUUAGAGUUCUUUCAGAUUGAUAUGGUAAUGGAAACCUGGUUCAUGAACUAUGCUUGAGGUGGUUGCUUAUUUGUGAUUCCUCCCACUAAAAGAAGAAAUGAAAUGUUGAAUAUGGUUCUUCUGUUCA